UCUGUGUAUGUGAGUUGGAAGAGUUAGUCCUUUAGAUGUACUCGAAGACCCUCACCUUAAUCCUUAUUUUCUCUCUCUCUCUUUAUUUUGUUUGAUUAAGUGUCGUCUACUUCCUCUCUCUCUGCUCCUUCUUCUCUCUUUCUCCAUCGGUUUCAAGAGUAAAGAGACCGUUAUAAUUUACAAGUGAGUAAAUUAAUCUUAAACUGCAGAAGAAACGUAUAGAGAAUGAAUGGGCUUACACCUCUUGAACCAGAUUACUCUGAGUUUGUCGAAGUUGAUCCCACUGGAAGAUAUGGGAGGUAUAAUGAAAUCCUUGGGAAAGGAGCGUCGAAAACAGUUUACAGAGCCUUUGAUGAGUAUGAAGGGAUUGAAGUCGCUUGGAACCAGGUUAAGCUUUAUGAUUUCAUGCAAAGCCCUGAAGAUCUGGAGAGAUUGUACUGUGAAAUCCAUCUUCUGAAGACAUUGAAGCACAAGAACAUCAUGAAGUUCUAUAGUUCUUGGGUUGAUACUGCGAACAGGAACAUUAAUUUUGUAACCGAGAUGUUCACUUCUGGGACUCUGAGACAGUACCGGGAGAAGCACAAGAGGGUUAACAUUAGAGCGGUGAAGCAUUGGUGCAGACAGAUCUUGAGAGGUCUUCUCUAUCUCCAUAGCCAUGACCCUCCUGUGAUUCACAGAGAUCUCAAGUGCGACAACAUCUUUGUCAAUGGGAACCAAGGGGAGGUUAAGAUUGGCGAUCUCGGGCUCGCUGCUAUCCUCCGUAAAUCCCAUGCCGCCCACUGUGUUGGCACACCAGAGUUCAUGGCUCCAGAAGUGUAUGAAGAGGAGUAUAAUGAACUAGUUGAUAUUUAUUCCUUUGGAAUGUGCAUAUUGGAAAUGGUGACUUUUGAAUAUCCAUAUAGUGAAUGCACCCAUCCUGCUCAGAUCUACAAGAAAGUUAUAUCUGGGAAGAAACCAGAAGCUCUGUACAAAGUGAGGGAUCCUGAAGUGAGAGAGUUUGUGGAGAAGUGUCUAAUCACUGCUUCCCGAAGGCUCCCAGCAAGAGAGCUCUUGAAGGAUCCGUUUCUUCGAACCCAUGAUUUUGGUUCAGAUGUGAGGCCAGAACUUGAUGAUAUGGGUCCUCUCCUUAGGCAGCCCCUCGUGGAGCUUCAUCACAGUAACAGUUCAUUGAUUGAUGGGUACUCCAAGGACCUUGGUCAUGAACCUGAGAAUGGAUGGGUUUACCAUCCAGCAGAGAUUGAACUUUUCACUUACCAAGAGGACGAUCAUUCUGAUGAUGUAGACAUAUCGAUCAAGGGGAGGAUGAGGGAAAAUGGUGGGAUCUUUUUGAGGCUCAGAAUUGCAGAUAAAGAAGGCCGUAUCCGCAACAUCUACUUUCCUUUCGACGUCGACACAGAUACGGCUUUGAGUGUUGCAACAGAAAUGGUUUCUGAGUUGGAUAUCACUGACCAAGAUGUGACUAAGAUAGCAUAUAUGAUCGAUGGGGAGAUUGCUUCAUUGGUGCCAGAGUGGAAGGAAACCCCCCACUUUGCAAGUGUAAGCUCUUGUCACAAUUGUGCUUCUGAUGGCUCCUCCACUGGUUCCCUUAUGGACUAUCUCUCCAUGAAUAAUACAGGGGCCAAGAACCUACAAGUACUCCAGUGUUCUCUUCAUGGAUGUGCUGCAACACAUGGUCGGUUUGAAGAGAUCACAUUCCAAGUUGAGGGUUCAGAGCAUUCUGUAACAGAGGGUGCUCCAAUCUUAUCAAGACAUUCAGAUUGCAUACCAUAUGCAGAUGUUUGGGCUCAGCAUGAAGGCCCUGAAUUAAGUUCUGAGUCUUCUGGGGAGAUUCACCCUGAUGUGGAACCUGUGAAGGUGGAUCAAUCGGUCUGUUCUAAGGAUGAGAGGGUGACGGCCGUUGAGAAUCAAAUGGAAUUCAGUUCAGCAAGUUCCAUGGGCCAGCGAUUACCUGACCGUGGUUCUAUUAUACCUUCAUCGUCUUGUGACUUCUCUGAUGAUUAUUAUGAUAAUGAGAUCAGACAGGAAUUGAGAUGGCUCAGAGCAAAGUAUCAGAUGGAAUUGAGAGAGCUUCGAGACCAACAAUUAGGAAUUAAAUCAAAAGCUUCAUCUCUGAGGUCUGGCAGUACAGACAUAAUCCCCUUACAAGGGGAAAACAAUGAAACCAACUUGAAAUCUUUGGGCUCUGAGAAGCAUCAAACUUCAUUAUUUUCACUUCAUGUCCAGAAGAGCUGCCCCUAUUCUGAGACCCGAAGGGCUCGACAUAGUGAGGCGACUGUCAAAUCUUCUAGUCUGGAGUAUAUGGUCACUACCAAGAGUUACUACUCUGGGUAUCUUCUUCCGCACCCUAUUCACAGAUCUACAUCUCUUCCAGUUGAUGCUUUUGAUGUUUAGAUCUAUAAGACCCUCAAAUUCUUUCUCACCUUGUCCAAUUUCAUUCACAUACAAGCUGUAUAUUUAAUCAAGUGUGCAUUAUACUUCUGUUUAGUGCCUGUAUCUCCCCUCCCCUGUUGGGGAAAGCCAAGCUGAGAAAGUGAUGGGUCUCUGUAAUUCUGAGCAAAGAUGUGAUUUUUAACACCAAAAGUGUGAGUCACUUUAGCCAUUUCCAAUAAGAUAUUGAAGAAACUUUUCUGUUGAAAUGGGUCUCUGUAAUUCUUAGCAAAGAUGUAAUAUUUAACACCUAAAGAAUGAAGAGUGAAUCACUUUAGCAUUUCCA